AUGGACAUCAAGAGAGUGAAGCUUUACGACGCCGAUCCGAACGUGCUGAGAGCCUUCCAGAAUUCUAAUGUGGAGUUCAUCGUCGCCAUAGACAACGGGAAGGUGGCGAGCGUGAUGGAUCCGACCAAGGCCCGGGCGUGGAUCGAGGAGAACGUCAAACCCUACCUCCCGCAAACCCUAAUCACUUCCAUCACAGUCGGAAACGAGGUCUUCUCGGGGAGCGACACCGUGCUCAUGUCCAAUCUCCUCCCGGCGAUGCAGUCCGUUUACCAAGCGCUCAAGGAGCUCGGUCUGGACAAGCAGGUGAACGUGACCACCGCGCAUUCCUUCGCCAUACUGUCUAGCUCCUUCCCUCCUUCGUCCGGUACCUUCCGACCAGAUCUAGCCGAGUACCUCCAGCCCCUGCUCAACUUCCACGCUGAGAUCAAGUCCCCGUUCUUCAUCAACUCCUAUCCCUUCUUCGCCUACAAGGCCAACCCCAGCGGCAUCUCCCUGGAUUACGCCCUCUUCCGUCCCAACUCUGGCGUGAGGGAUCCGAACACCAAUUUUAGCUACGAUAACAUGCUCUACGCCCAGAUAGAUUCUGUGUACUCUGCGGUGAAGGCCAUGGGGCACUCCGACAUCGACAUCCGUAUCUCCGAGACGGGGUGGCCAUCGAAGGGGGACUCCGACGAGUUCGGAGCCUCGCUAGAGAACGCCGCAACCUACAACAGGAACCUCCUGAAGAGGAUAUCCAUGGGGCAGGGCACGCCGAUGAAGCCGUCGGUGCCGAUUGACGUCUUCGUCUUCGCUCUGUUCAACGAGAACAUGAAGCCGGGGCCCUCGUCGGAGAGGAACUACGGCCUGCUCUACCCUGACGGCACUCCGGUGUACGACCUCGGCCUGCAGCAGGAUUAUCAGCCCACGUACUUCGCCUCCUCCUCCACCUCCAGGACGACGGUAAGAAGAAUUUCGAACGUGUUUCCUCUGGUCUUCUCCCAAGGGGAUUUGGAUUUUACAUGUCGUGCAUCGUUCUUUCCUCUUCGCAGGCGGCAGCUGCCCUCCUUCUCCAGAUGCUCCUGA